UCCUUACUGUACACAACUGAAAUCCUCUGCGGGUAUUUUUCUCCCCUGUUACUAGUUUGUUGUUAAUACACUAAAAGAAAUGGACAACUCCGGGAAAGAGAAGGAAGCGAUACAGCUGAUGGCCGAUGCUGACAAGAAAGUGAAGUCGUCCGGCUCUCUUUUGGGAGGGAUGUUUGGAGGAGGACAUCACAAAGUGGAGGAGGCAUGUGAGAUGUACUGCAGAGCUGCCAACAUGUUCAAGAUGGCCAAGAACUGGAGCGCUGCUGGAAAUGCAUUUUGCAAGGCUGCGCGGCUCCACAUGCAGCUGCAAAACAAACACGACUGUGCGACCAGUUUCAUUGAUGCAGGAAACGCUUUCAAGAAGUCUGACCCCAACGAGGCAAUCAAGUGUUUAAAUGCUGCCGUCGAUAUAUACACAGACAUGGGAAGAUUCACCAUUGCUGCCAAACAUCACAUCAAUAUCGCAGAGAUCUUCGAGUCUGAGCUUGUGGAUAUCGAAAAGGCUAUUGCACAUUACGAACAAGCAGCAGACUAUUACAAAGGAGAGGAAUCAAACAGUUCUGCAAACAAGUGUCUGCUGAAAGUGGGGGCUUACUGUGCUCAGCUGGAGCAGUACCAGAAGGCUAUCGAGAUCUACGAGCAGGUCGGCGCGAACACGAUGGACAACCCAUUACUGAAAUACAGCGCCAAAGAGUAUUUCUUCAAAGCCUCCCUCUGUCACUUCAUCGUUGACGAGCUCAACGCUAAGAUUGCCAUUGAGAAGUAUGAGGAGAUGUUCCCAGCUUUUUCAGACUCCAGAGAAUGCAAGUUGCUUAAGAAACUACUCGAGGCUCACGAAGAGCAGAACAGCGAGGCAUUCACAGAGGCAGUAAAGGAGUUUGACUCGAUCUCACGUCUGGACCAGUGGCACACAACCCUCCUGCUGCGCAUCAAAAAAACCAUUGCGGGCGAUGCAGGGGAUCUGAAAUGAAGACAAAACAAACCAAAACCUCAGGGUAGGGAUGCAGCAUGGAGGGGCAGUUUCAUCAGGCAUGUUCUCACACUCACCUCACUGUGUAUAGCAUCUGAAGAGGAGCGUCUGCUUCUGAUUUAAAUUUCACUGCUGCACUGUAAGAGCACUAUCUGUAAUUUUAUUUUUUUUGUUUUGUUUUUUUUUUGUUUUUUCUGGUCACCAGAUUACCUGAGUCCAGUCUGAAUGUAAUCCUCUCGCCCUCACCUCUCUCAAGAGGAUUGCUGCAUACCUUCCGCUGAAACAUGUCCUGAGAUUUUCAGCGGUAUAUUGUUUUGUUGCUAAUGCAAGUAUUGGCAAGAGGCACUGCAUGUUUUGUACAGUUAUUUCCUAGUCAGAUGAAGCUUGUCUUUUUUUUUUUUUUAAUCUAGCUGUUAUACAUUUAAACAAAUUGUUUUACUUUACAGCUUCUCCUUACAGACUGUUGCUGGAUGGAAUUUUAAGAGUGAUAAUUAUGUGUUUGUUGGAAUCUGAAAGGAUCAAAUUGUUGGUCUUAAUACUGAAUUGUUUUAUCAAAGCCACAAAAAGUCAUUUCAUUUUAUCACCUCAUGGAGUGACUUCUCUUGAAAAAGGGCAGUGUUAUGCACAAGUGUAGACUGUUAAAUAUUUGUACGUAAAUGCUAUCAUGUCAUAAUUGUAUUAAUCUCAAGGUUAUUUUACUCUAGGAUGUGUUGAAGUGAGAAUCACGUAUGAAUUUAAUCCCUUAAGCUGCGACUUUUACUGUAGUUUGACUCAAAACUGCAUCUUUUGAAUGAAGAGCACUGAUUGGAGUCCCUCACAGCUCACUCCCAGGGUCUAUGUGCAUUAAUUGGUCACUCACUUUGUGUUGUAUAUGCCUCAUUUAAGGUUUAUUACUGCAGUGCGUCUUCCAAAUGGCCAGUUACUAAGCAUGUCAUUGUGUAUCGUUCAGUGUUGUGUACAUUUACUAGUGUUAGCCAGACCAAAGUUUUUACAAAAAAGAAAAAAGAAAGUCAGUUGCUCUAUGUACUCAGCUUCUUCCAGAUGGAAUAACAACUGGCUGUGGAUAUGAUCUGUAUGCUUGUUCCAAUGAGCAUUAAUAAAGGUAUUAUAUCCAAGU